CUGGUGAGUGGUAUAUAAGGAGUCACCACCCUCAGCUUGACACAGUCGACCCAGAGAUCCUCCACAACCAUGAAGUCUCUGGUCUUUGCUGCCGUCCUGGCUGCCUUCUGCUUGGUAGCCACAAGCGCUGUUCCUGCUCCAGAUGCCGAGCCUGGCCACUUUGGAGGCUUCAGAGGAGGUUUUGGAGGCUUCCGGGGAGGAUAUGGUGGUUUCGGCUACAGAGGAAAGAGAAGCUCUGAAGCUGACCCAGAAGCUCUCGCUGAGCCUGAAGCUGAUCCCGGUCGUUUCGGUCAUGGUGGCUUUGGAGGCUUCGGAGGUUUUGGAGGCUUCAGAGGAGGAUAUGGUGGCUUUGGAUACCGAGGGAAGAGAAGCGCUGAAGCUGACCCAAAAGCUCUAGCUAGCCUAAGCUACCCGGGUCGUUUCGGUCAUGGUGGCUUUGGGGGUUUCGGAGGUUUUGGGGGCUUCAAAGGAAGGGGUUUUGGGAUCCCGGGGGAAAGAAGCGCUGAAGCUGCCCAAAGCUCUAGUAGCCGAAGCUGA